UUUGAUUGAAUUUGAUCAGUUUGACGAAUGCAGGGCUAUUUGUACAAUGUUUAGCACAGUGUUACUUGUACGAUUUAAAAAGUACGUUACUAAUAAAAUACGAACGAAUGUUUAUACAUUAUACAUAAACAGCUAAUCGAUCAUGAAACGAGUAAAACUUAAAUUAAAAAGGCCGAAUCCAUUGUUUGAAGUUUGGUUAGAAGAAUGGCGGGAAGAGGCUGCUUCCAGAAAUUCCAAUUUGCAAUAUAAUUUUUCGGAAGCACUAACUUCAUUGAAAAAGUAUCCUUUACCAUUGAAGUCUGGAAAAGAUUGUAUAAUAUUACAACAUUUUGGUACAAAAUUAUGCUUGAUGUUAGAUCGAAAACUUGAAAAGUAUAAAGCUGAAAAUGGAAAUUUGGUAGGAACAACCGAUUCUAUUUGCCUGCGUUGUAACCAUACUCAAGAGCAUGUUUCUAAAAGAAAACAAAAAUCACAACACAUUGCAAUAAAUUUGGAUCGCGUGCAUGAAAGGACAGAACCGGCAGUAUUCGAUAAAUUAGAUUUAUCAAAAUGGAACUUGGAAAAUUAUGCUGUUUUAUUAAUUUUGUAUAAAAAAGCUCAAGAUCCUUGUUUUCCAGGACUUAUCACUGAAGUGGAACUGCUACUCGAAAUAAAAAAUUUGUGCGGUCAUGCUUCAAAAGAUUCAGUUUCAAAUUUAUUUGAUAAUGGUUUAGUUUCUAUGAUAGGUGCACCAGUAAGGUAUAGUCUCACAGAACAAGGUAUAAAUAUUGCAAAGAUAAUAUGUGAAAUUACUACAAUGGAUGCAAAACAAAUAAACUCUUCUGAUAAUCUAAAUGAAAUUCAGUUAUGUUUAAAGUCAAGAUUUGGGCAGAAAUUAGUAUUGUAUACAGAUAUAACAAGUUUAAAUAACAAAUAUAUAAACCCACAAUCACCUAAAGAAUGUCAUAAGAGUACUUAUGAUAACUUAAAUAAAUCAUCACAUAACAUUCAGAAAUCUCAGUCCUUAGAACUUAUUAACAAUGGAAAGACUACACAACAUUCCAAUCAGUAUCCUGUAAAACAGAAAAUAAAUGGUAAAAAUGUUGUGGAAAAACCUAAAACAACAAAGAAUGCUAAGAAAGAUGCAUCAAAUAAAGAAAGUGGCAUAUCUCAUCUUACUGAUCAUGCAACAAAACAGAUUUAUAUAGAAUCAAACAAAUUUGAUAUAAUAUUACUAGUAGAUACACAAGAAACUUGUGGUGGGAAAACAAAACCUCAGCAUGAUGCUACAAUUGUGGAGUUAUCACAACUUGGUGUAUUAUUUGAAGUACGUCAUUUAAAAGUUGGUGACUUUGCAUGGAUUGCCAGGUGUAGAGAUACAAAGGCUGAAUUGAUUCUACCAUACAUAAUAGAACGAAAGAGAAUAGACGAUUUAAGUGCAAGUAUCACAGAUGGAAGAUUUCAUGAACAAAAGUUUCGGUUGAAACAAUCUGGAAUUGAAAAUCUUAUGUAUAUAAUUGAGGAAUAUGAUAAAGAACAAAGAUUAACAAUACCGCAUUCAUCAUUGAUGCAAGCUUCCAUUAAUAUAUUAAUACAAGAUGGAUUUUCAAUAAAAUAUACCAAAACUCAUAAACAUUCUAUGUUCUAUUUAUCAUCACUAACAAGAAUUUUCAAUGAUGUUUUUAAAGAAAAAAGUUUAAUAGGAUGUAAAAAAGAAUUUCUUACACAAACGAAUAAAUCAUCUAAUACUGUGAAUCUUAUGGAAUUUGAAGAAUUUAAUAAGGCGGCGUCGAAGCAAAAGGUUUUCAAAGUAAAUCAAAUGUUUAUUCGUCAACUAUUACAAUUGAAGGGGUUAUCUGUAGAUAAAGCUUUUGCAAUUGUGGAACGCUAUCCCACUCCACGAAUAUUGGUCGAUGCUUUCCAGCAAUCUGAUUGCAGUGGAGAGUUAUUGUUAUCGAACAUUGAAUUCGGGAAUAAAAAUCGUCUUCUUGGACCUACCAUCAGUAAAACACUUUAUCAAUUGUACACGAAAAAAAUUCUAAAUUAAUAAAACAUUCCGUGUAAAUGUAGAGAAAAAAUUACUGCAAUAACGAACAGUAUU